UUUGAAACUUCCAAUUAAAAAAAAAAAAGUCAACCUUUGACGUCAUCAAAAAGCGACGUCGCACUUCUUUAGCUUGUCAACGGAGCGCUAAGGGAUACUAAGGCAAGAAGAAGUAAAGCUGGACUCUUCGGCUAUUAGAGAUACUCAAGUGCUAAAGACAUCAUGGGACGAACAUUGAGAAGAAAACGAAUCAUCUGAGAGUGCUGAGACUACAAAUAUUGAAAGUGAGCGAGCAAGCGAGAGAGGCUCCAUUUUACGUGAAGUUCACUGUAAUUCUCUGAGCACACAGACGUCUGAUCAAGGCUGAAGAUGGUCUGAUGGACCGGCGCUUCUUGCUGACAUUAAUCUUCUGUUCAGUCUCAUGGAUUUUCUUUUGGGAACUGCGCUGGAAGAAGAGCAAGGAAAGUCAGAUUGAAGAAUGGCUGCAAGGCCAUAGCCUGUCCGAAUACAAGCAUUUAUUUGAAGAUGUGCAGUCUCUGGAAGAGUUGAGUCUGAGCGUGCUGACUCGUUUGGAGGAGGUGGUGAAGGAACAGCGGCGCUGGAGGGACAUCGCUGAAGCCAACGUCCGUCUGCUCCGAGACUUUGCCUUUCAGGAGUGGCUGUGCUCCCAAAGCCUCGAGCACUACUACCACACUCUGAAGACCCUGGGAUGUACUAAUCUGGAUGAUCUAGCCCAGUUUGACAGCCAGCUUCAGCUCUCUCUGGCAGCCUGGGGCUAUUACUACGAGGACUACAUCAAGCUGUCCACAGGCGUGAAAGUCCUCCAAGCAUCCCGGGGUAGCAGAGACCAGGACUACGAGGUUCAGCUGGUGCACAGCCUUGCUGAGAGGCGCCUGAAUGAUAAGUGGUCCAUCGCUGGAGCGCUCAUAUUCGGCUGUACUGUUGCACUGUGCUUUCUGAUCAGGGACCUCAUGUUUUACGUGAUUGGUGGAAUAACCAUUUCCAUCAUCGCAUUCGUCUUUACCAUCAAGUUCCUAUGUGAGCUCGCAGCACGUGUGGUCAGCUUCCUGCAGAAUGAGGACCCUGGGCGUCGUGGCGACCGCAGCAUUUAUGACUACGUGCGAGGGAACUACCUGGACCCGCGCUCCUGCAAAGUCUCCUGGGACUGGAAGGAGCCACAGGAAGUGGGCCAGACCAUGAGCUUCCGUGUCCAGCUCUUUUAUAAGAACGGCCAGCCGUUUCCAGCUCACAGGCCCGUGGGUUUGAGGGUGAACAUCACUCACAUAGAGCUGGCUCUGGACAUUCCCGUCACCCAGGAGGUCCUUCAGGAACCCGAGUCCAACGUGGUGAAAGUGACCUUCACUGUGCGCAAGGCCGGCCGCUACGAGGUGGCUGUUAAACUGGGGGGGCUCAACGUGGCAUACAGCCCCUAUUAUAAAAUAUUCCAACCAGGGACAGUGGUGCCAUCCAAAACAAAGAUUGCGUACCACUUUUCAACUCUGGUGCUGACGUAUGGUCAACAGCACACGCUACAGAUCGAGCCUCGAGACGAGUAUGGCAACCCGACCAGCAACUCGGUGUCUCUCGUGGAUGAGGUCAAUUACAGCGUGCAUAUACACUCAUUGGGGACUAUAGAGGAAGACAGUUCUGAAGAUUACUACAGCAUGACCGUCUGUUGUAAUAAGCCACAGUGUCAGGUUCUGCUGCGGCUCACUCUGAAGAAAAAAGGCUGCUUCAGGGCGCGCAUUACUUACAGGGACCAGCCUCUCAAUAAUGGAGAGUUUGACAUCAUUGUGCUUAGUGAGAACGAGAAGAGCUGUGUGGAGAAGAAUGUGUCCACUCCAGGAAUUAGUAUCUAUUUUGAGGCCUACCUCUAUGGUACAGGGAACUAUAGCAGCUCUACCUGGCAGUUCCCAGCAUCCUCUCUGCUCACCCCACCACGACGGCCAUCCAUGGGUGACGACGAGGAAGAGCACGACUCUCCAGUGGAGGGCCAACCGGAGAAGGUCAAGAAACCAAAAAAGGUCUACUGUUACAUAUCACCAAAGCAACUCUCUGUGAAGGAGUUUUACCUGAAGAUUAUUCCAUGGCGCCUUUUCACUUUUCGUGUGUGCCCAGGAACAAAGUUCACCUACCAUGGGCCUGACCCAGUCCAUAAAUACUUGACGCUGGUGGUAGAUGAUGGGAUCCAGCCUCCUGUAGAACUGAGCUGCAAGGACAGGAACAUUAUGGCAGCCACAUUUAUUCGCUUCCUGCACAAGAACAUUGGAGGCUCUGAAACAUUUCAGGACAAGGUGAGCUUUUUUCAGCGAGAACUCCGGCACAUUCACUCCAAGAAGCCUCGGAUUAAAACCUGCCUGAAGAUCAGCCGCCACUCCAUUCUCGACUCUUCUGUCAAGGCCACCAGAAACUUCUCUGUAUCGGACUGGAGUAAGAACUUUGAGGUGGUGUUUCAGGAUGAAGAAGCUCUGGACUGGGGAGGGCCGAGGCGCGAGUGGUUUGAACUCGUCUGUAAGAAUCUGUUUGACACCAAUAACCAGCUCUUCACACGUUUCAGUGACAAUAACCAGGGUCUGGUCCACCCUAACGCAGAGCGUCCUGCUCACCUGAGGUUGAAGAUGUACGAGUUUGCAGGGCGCGUGGUGGGAAAGUGUUUAUACGAGUCAGCUUUAGGAGGAGCCUAUAAGCAGCUGGUGCGAGCCAGGUUCACUCGCUCAUUCCUGGCCCAAAUCAUCGGCCUGCGCAUGAACUACAAGUACUUUGAGACCGACGAUCCAGAGUUCUACAAAACAAAAGUCUGCUUUAUCUUAAAAAAUGACGUGAGCGAAAUGGACCUUGUAUUUGCUGAGGAAAAGUACAACAAGUCAGGACAACUGGAAAAGGUGGUGGAGCUGAUAUCAGGUGGUGCUCAAAUUGCUGUCACUAAUGACAAUAAGAUGCAUUACCUGAAUCUGCUGGCUCAGUAUAGACUGGCCAGUCAGGUGAGGGAUGAAGUAGAGCACUUCCUCAAAGGUUUGAAUGAACUUGUUCCUGAGAACCUUUUGGCCAUAUUUGAUGAAAAUGAGUUGGAGUUGCUGAUGUGUGGUACUGGGGAUAUCAAUGUGCAGGAUUUCAAAGCCCAUGCUGUUAUCGUUGGAGGCUCGUGGCACUUCAGAGAGAAGGUGAUGAAGUGGUUCUGGGCCGUGGUGUCGUCCUUCACUCAGGAAGAGCUUGCACGUCUCCUCCAGUUCACCACCGGCUCCUCUCAGCUCCCUCCUGGUGGUUUCAACACACUCUGCCCCUCCUUCCAGAUCAUAGCAGCACCAACACACAGCACGCUGCCAACUGCACACACCUGUUUUAACCAGCUGUGCCUCCCUAACUACGACUCCUACGAGGAGCUGCACAAGCUGCUGAAGCUGGCCAUCAGCGAGGGCAGCGAGGGCUUCGGCAUGCUCUAAUCACACACCGGCUCGGACUUUUGGAUGCACUGAAGGAAUUCCUUUUUUGGUGUCUUCUCUCCGAGUGAGCUGCUGUAUCGGAGCCAACACACCUUUUAUCCUCCAAUAACAGACCUCUUAGCUAAAGCCCUCAUGGAUGUCCAGAUUUUUCUCUUUCAAGCAGGACCUUCAAAUGAUCCUGAGUUGCCUUUGGCUUAUUCCACUGGAUGCUGGAGCUAUGUAAAUAUGUAAAUCUUUUUUUUUUUUUUUACUGUUAAAAAAAAAAAGGCAAAUUGAAUGAAGGAAAAACUGUUGCGUUUUAUUCUAGAAGGUAGAUUUUUGUUUCAUUUUAUGUGAGUUUGUCUUUGUCCAGUCAUAAAAAUGUGUGAAGCUACUAUCACAUUUGGCAUUAACAAAGCUGGGAACAUUCACAUGGAGUGUAUCAGCCUAUAAGCUGUGUAGAUCUACUACACACUCGCUGCACUUUGGCCUUAACCGAUCAGGGAAGGUUGCGUGUUCGUUUUUUGCAGGGUGUGUUGUAUAGAAGUUGUAAAGGUCUUCAUUUCUUGACCUUUUUUUUUUUAAAUGUUAUGUAGUUAUUUUACACAUGUAUCACGUAGCCUGAUGUGUUAAAAUGUUUGUGUAUGUGAAUCGAAGAAUAUUCAUUGCAAAAUAAGAGGAAGAGCACUGGGUUAAACGAGCUAACGGCUGAUUUUACAAAUCUCUGGGCAACAUCUAUGCAUUUUCCUAGUGAGACUUUGCAAAGCAGUGUCAGAGCUUUAACGUCUGACACGAACGCCAUCAUCAGACCAGAAUAAAAUGUGUUGCAGUUUUUGAUUUGGUUUUGUUAUUGCUCGAUUUUUGUUAUACAAUCUUUUUAAUUUAUUUUAACUUAUUCCCGCUGACCAAAAUGUCCUGUAAUAUUAUAUUUGUGUUGAUGAAAUGAGUGUUGUAUGAAACAAAAGAGGCGACAAGCCAGAUGGAUGCUUUUUAAAUGUCUUUAGAGUUUUUCCAAGUUACAACUAACCCUCGCAACCUUGUUUCCAGUAACCCAAACUGGAAAAAUCCUAUUUUUAAUGUGUAAUGUUCAUAAUUUUAAACAAGUAUUCAAACAACUGUAUCAAAGAGAUUAAUGUUUAUUGAAGAAAAGUGCUGGUGCAGUCGCGCUGUCCAGGAAAACGGCCUCCAAGUGAUUAUUCUGGAAGUCAGUACUUGGGUGCAGCUUCUCACACGAGUGGAACUUCUUAUGAGUGCUUUAUCCGUUGCAUCUUGAGUUUCAUGUUGACGUGGGUGCUCAUUUACAAAGCCUACAAUACACACGGCUGUCAAAAUGUGUCUUAACAUACUGUCCGUUCUGUCAUCCUAUGUAACUACGCUUCAAGUCAAAACACAGCUGCUGUUAACUUUGGCGCUUAUGUCUGCUUCAAUAAUUCAUAGAGAAUUGUCAUAAAGGACGUCUUUUAACCACGGGUCCUGACGUUAAGCAGUAGGAGUUUUAGUCACCCUCCACCCUUUAAUGCCACAAUGCAGCUUUUCAUAUGGUCUCGUUUUAGAUAUCGUGCCCUUUGACCUUGGAUAAACAGCACAGCCGCAGAACCUCCAGGGUGUGGCUGGACUGAGAAUGAAAUCACUGCGUAUGCAUCUGGCUGCGUAUGUUGGCCAAGGCUCAUCGUGAUGACCUCAGUCACCGUCUUGUAAACGCACGGUGGCUGAAAAGCAUCCUGUGAUUCUGUCAUUCAUGCCGUUGUGUCAUUUUGUGGCCACCAAUCAAUCAAUCAGGGGCAAAAUGAGCCACAAGCGAGAUGUUAGCUCGGGUUAGAGUUUUGCUGCAUCCUGCUGUUUUCACCUCCCUUUAGGCGCAGGGCAUUUGAGCUUUCUUACUGGUUUGAAGGUGUAAAAUAACUCAUUAUAAAUUUCAUGUGUGUGUAUAUAUAAAAUGUAAUUUAGAUGCCAAUGGCUUGGGCUUGAUAUUUUAUUCUGGGUUUUUUUUUUUUGUGUGUGUUGAGAGGCCUGGCUGCUCUCACCUGCAGUACAAAUGUCUUGGGGUUUCAGCACUGUUCUGACUCCUAAUUCAUUUGUUUUUCUUAUUUAUGUGACAAAAUAAAAAAGUGGGACAGUC